AUGCCCAGUGCGCCCGGCAUCCUGCUUAAACUCUUCAUCCUCCCAAUCAUCCUCAGCAUCCUCGUCUUCCCCUUCCAGUCCAACGUACAUAUUUUGUUUCCUCGCGAAUCAAAGCCUCCACGUUUCCUGCUGCUCACGGCUCACCCGGAUGACGAGUGCAUGUUCUUUGCGCCUACUCUACUUGGGCUGCUUGCGGUCCACAGCGAUCCUGAGGUGUAUUCAUUGUGCCUCUCCGUGGGCAAUGCGGACGGCUUAGGAGCGAUACGAAGAAACGAGCUUCAACGAAGUCUGGAUAUCCUGGGCGUGCCAGGAGGGAGACGAUGGGCCCUUGAUAGACCCGAUUUACAGGAUAAUAUCUCCAUACAAUGGGAUUACGGUGCUCUUGCACAGGCUAUUCUGCCGUAUAUUCUUGAACACAACAUAACCACGAUCCUUACGUUCGAUUAUCAUGGCGUCUCCUCACACCCAAACCACAUAUCGCUACCAUACGGUGCAACGCAAUUAAUUACUUCCCUAUAUUCGUCGCCAGACACAUAUGGAGGUGCUCCGCGCCUCUUCUCGCUCGUCACAACGUCGCUGUUCAAUAAAUACACUGGUCCGCUUGCGCCCACCCUCGUCAGACUCAGGAUAUUGUCUGCACUAGUGCUAGACCACUUAGUACCAGACAAUGGCCUGGGCACUUAUGGGAACUCGUCUGUUUUCAUAUCAGGCAUCUCCGGGUACAAGGCUGCACUACAUGCCAUGAUGCAGCACCGAUCCCAAUUGGUGUGGUUCCGAUGGCUCUACGUCGCGUUCUCGCGAUACAUGUGGACCAAUGAAUGGAUCGAGAUUACACCAUGCUGCGUUGAACCAGUACCAGCUGCAGGCGACAAGUAG